AAAUUAUUUAUGUUGAAAAGUACUUUCGUUUUUCACGUCCGGGACUCCUGUACCUCUUUUGUUUUAACGUGAAACUAGUUCAGUUGAAAUAGAAUUUUGCGAACGCAUGUUCAAUACAGCAGUUUUAAAAGGUAAAAAAAAAAAAAAAAAAAAAAAAGUUAUAGCUUAAGUAGGGAGGCUGAUCGACAUAUUUUAAUUCGCGGAUCAAGGUCUGUUGUUCAACAAGAUGAGCAGAUUUGAGGCCAAUUUUGUUGUUAAGAACGAAGCAACGCUUAUUCAAAGGGUUACUUCAGUGAUGGCAAUAGCAGAUGAGCUAAAAAAUAAAGACAUGAUACAUGAUGAAAAAUAUGCGGAGAUCAAAGCAGAAGGAACCAACCAGGGCAAAAUGAGAAAGCUGUUUGAAGCACUGCAUUCUGGAGGAGACAGAGUGAAAAAUGACUUUUAUUAUGCGCUGAAACAUCAUGAACCAUUCCUCUUCAAAGACCUGGGUGGUCGUGUGACAACUGAAAACACAUGUGAGGUGGACAGCAGUGAGCAGAACCUGCAGGAGAGCAUGCGCUAAAGUGAUCUGAACAAUUGCUGAUAUUCUGUCCUUGAUGCUCAUUAAACACUGUGCAAGACUUUACAGACCUAACAUGGAAAAAGAGAGAAGAUGCAGCCACAUGAACAUAAAAGAAUGUUAAAAUGCAGUUAAAGGAACAGUUCACCCAAACAAAAAUUCUAAUUCUCAUCUACUGUCCACCUUGUCAAUGAAAAUUGACUCUUUUUCUUUCAUGAAACACAAAGGUUAAUCAUAUAUUUUUAAUUUACCAGAAUCUGUAGGCUGUUUUAUACAUUUGAAAUGUAGGCUAAAGUUAACUUUGACUUUUUUUACAUGGAAGAAAGUGGCAUAUACAAGCUUUAAUUUUUUAGGUAUAUAUAUAUAAAGUCUUUAUAUUAAUAAAAAUGAUUUUAAAAAAGAAAUAAGGAAUGAUUUUACAAAGUGCUUGCAAAGUAAAUACAUUUGAGAUUAAACUUUGAAAAUCAUCCAUUAAUAUACGUCAGUGAUGAUGUCACAAUUUACUCACCUUUGUGUAAUUUAGAGCUGCCUUUAUACUGUUCAUUUCCUUUCACAACACAUGAAAUAAUUAUUGUGCAUCUGUUUUUACAUUCCAGUUAAGGAUUCUGUUCUCCUCGAUAAAUUGAUAACUUUGUGAAUUUGUUUAAACUUUUCUUUUUAUUUCUUAAUUGGCAUUAAACAUUCUUACCUG